UUUAUUGAUGUUAAAUGUCAAUGACAUUUUGACGAGGUUUAACAAUUUAAUUUGAGUAGUUGACUAGUGAUUGCAAAAGUUGUCGGCUUCGUUAAAGGAAUAAAAAAACUAACUGUGUAAGAGUACAGUAUAAAGGAAGCCGACUUUCAAUCUGGUUUUGUACAAGGAAUAUGGGUAUAGAAAACAUGCGUCGUUGGCCAAUGUAUAUCGUUUUCGCUUUAUGCAUUUUACUUACCCUUUCACUAUUAAAUAGUUGGAGUAUGGAGACUGAAUUACAAAAUCGACUAGGGGAGGUGAGUUCGCAGCUUCAAGAAUGUUCACGUCAACAGACUUCAUGUAUGGAAGAAUCUUUACGAUUUCAACAACAACGAGAUAACUAUAACUCCAAAGUUAACGAUCUAGAGGGUUUGAAAGGUAAACUAGCUAGCGACGUUUCCGAUUUCAGAACCAGACUUGCCAAAUCAGAAAUUCAAGUCAACCGGACUUUAGUGGAUGUAGAGUUAUGUAAAACUGAAUUAGAAUCACUUAAGAAUUUACAGGUGAGUAAAACAGCGACUCUCGAAACAUUAAGGCUAGAAAAAGAAACUUUAACAACUCAGCUAGAAGAGAGAAAGAAACGAAUUGAGGAACUGGAGAAAGAAAUUGCUAAACUGAAAGUGGCCAUGACUACAAAAAGUGCUCCGAAUCCUCCACUCCCUUCAAAAGUUACUCCAGCAGCCCAACCACUUAAACUCAGCCCAGCCCUGAAUGCAAAUAACCCAAUAAAUGAACCAGUCAUAGAAGAUAAUGCUAAGGAAGAGUUGGAAGACCCUAGUGCACUUAACGAACCAGAUAACUUUGAACGUGAAUAGUAUUAAUAAGUAAGGUUAAAUUUUGUGAUUCAAGUUUAAAGUUAUUUUAAGACAAUAUUAAGUUUAUAAUUAACAAAAUUAACCCUUUAUGAGAUAUUGUUUACAAUUAGAAUAAAUACAAUUGUAUAUAUUGAUUGAAUGGAUACUAAUUUGCCAGUUAGCAGCUAGUUAAAGUUAAAAGCUUGCAUUUUUUCAUUAACCCCAUCAUUCUAAAUCAUAUAAAUUUGUGGCAUAUGACAUGUUAUACAAUAUUGUCCGUUAAUUUAGGUGAUACUUCGGCUAUCGUCUUGUUCAGAUAUUCAAAUCUCAUGUAUGUUAGUGCCAUUGCUUUUUACAUUUUAACCUCCGUCUUAUAAGUUCAGUAAUAUAUAUAUUUGAUCAAAUAUAAUUAUGACGAAAUAUUAGUAUUAAAGUUUAGACUUAUAAUAAAAUUAUUUAGAUAUAUUGAUUGUGGAAAGGCUAUAUAGUGAAUAAAUUUAAAACAAUGAGAAAUGUACAAGAACUAAUUAAUGAAAUUUUUUUUUAUAAAAAGUGAUUUUUAUAAAUAUGUGUUAUACUCAAAACACAACAUUUUUGUUACUUUGUUUUGUAUAUAUAUCAUGUUGGCAACAUUUUCAUAAUUUUUUUAAUUUUAUUAUCUAAAUAUUUGAAAUACAUACAUUGAAACUGAAUCAGAAAAAUGGUCUGCUUGAGAAAAAAAAAAAUCUCCGUUAAGUCUAUCAAAUGGAAACAGUUUAAUGUUGAAUUUUUAACCAUAUAAAAUAAGGAUUACAAUAAUAAAAAAUUUCCUGACAGAUAUUGAAAGAGAUAACUAAGAGAAAAAAAGAUAACUAUCAAGAACAUAUUUGUUAAAUAAGAUAAUUGUUGAUAACAUCUGUUAGCCUUCCCACAAUGAGUAUGUCUAUGACUACAAUGCACUCACAACUUGAAAUAUAAUUUUAAGUUACCAUUUAAUGAUUUACCUAAAGUUUGAAAUUAUCUUUAAGGAUAUUGCCAUGACGGUGCCAGUCGGAUCUGAAAGGCUUAUUGCUCAAUUUUAUUAACGGGAAAUGGCUAUAGGUGUUUGUUAUUUUAUAAUUAAACUGUAGUCUGUAUAGCGUCUGUUGUUUUUAAUGUUGACUUCUAUGUAUGGCAACAUUGUGUAUAUGCAGUUUUAACAUUUUUUUUCUUUUUAUGAUCCCUUCUAUGAUUAUCGAUUACACUCAUUCAAUCAAAACCGUUGGUAAGUAUAGUGCACGCUUAAUUUUCUACCCGAUGACUCAAAAUGAAUCGUUAUGGAAGUUAAUUAAUUCUUGUUAUUAAUUUGUUGUAUGAAAAAUGAGAUGUCAAAUAAGAAUACUACUGUGCAAUGUUUAAUUUUUGUAUAAUGUUUUUUGUCAUCGCGACGCGACGUUGGAAAUAACGUUUUUGAACAUUGAGCAAGACGCUAUGAAUCUCCUAUUGAAGAAUUAUUAGUAUAUUACAUAUGUAUAAUGAAUAUUUUGACAGGUGCCUAGUUUUACAUGAUCAACUUAUCAUGCGACAUGAGAAUAUGACUAAGAUGUUAAGGUUUUAGUAUUAAAAUUGUUUAUGUAAUAA